CAUGAUUUACCCUACAUUAACACAAGUAAGCUAGUGCUAGUGGGGUGGAGGGAGCAGGAGUACACCGUAUCCCGAGUGGAUGUUGAGUGGAGGAGAAAAGCUGGAGCCCCUCAGGGGAGAGAAAUCCCGCCUCCACUUGGUGGUUGGUUGCCCUCCGCGAGUCCGGCGACUCCGUUCUUGUUCGACUUUUGAGGGUAUUCUGUCAAUCUGUGGGUUCAGUUAGAAAUGAUGAAAUCAUGCUGCAAGUUCCAGUUUUCAACGGCGCUCAGCUCGCCGAAUAAUGCACCAAUCAGUGCGGUAUCCCCGCACACCCGAUCGAGGCCAUGGCGAUGUCGAUCUACCCAGUAAUCCUAUGCAGAAGAACACAGUCGUCGUGGCAAGGAACCUGCGGGUUGGAAUGGGCGCAACGGCAAUCCUCCUAUCAUCCCUCAUCUCUGGCAUCGAGUUGACGCCCAACAUGGCUGGAUCGGACCGAUUGGCAGGAAAAAGCCCCGAUCCGCCACGGAAAUGCCCGACCGUCAAGCAAAGAAACGCACCAGGAGAAAAAAGAAGGGGGCUCGGAUCACCAAUCAGUCCGGUCGAUCGUCUGGCCUCUGCAGCCUCGUCGCUGACUGGUUGCGUCGGCUGCGCUUGGGCCUGUGCCGGUGCCAGUCCAUGGAUGGAUGGAUGCACUGGAAGUCAUCCGUCCACAUCCCAAGCCAGUCACAAAAACCUGCGUGGGAUGCGGGAGAUCACGAUGAUCUCCCUCUUGCCAUGCAGCUUGUGUUCACCGAGAAUCCUUCCGUCCGGUUUCCUCCAUCCCGGCAGUGGUAGUCCAAAUGCCGAAUGAGCAUCAGGCACAGACACUCCAUACAGAUACAGGCUACAUAUGCGCCAUCCCAUCACAUUCCCGAAUAUACCACCACGUCUUAUAAUAGACCCCAACAUGGGCGGUUGGAUACUUCCAACCAUUUUCCCCCGGAAAAAAAAAAAAAACAAGGCCUAUACCAUGAACCAGGUGUAUCCCAGUCCAUCGGGUCCGUUUGUUCAAUCAGUCCAUAGUCGGGUUUGAAACCUCUCUUUCUUCCAU